GGCCACCAUGACAACAUUAUAAAUUAUCCCCAACAGCUGAUUCGUGGACAUUUUCCUGCUAGAUUGGCACUUUCCCUGCUAACAUAACCUAGACUAGUGUCACCAAGAAAACAAGUUUUUAUUUUAAAAAUUUCCAUAAUACAUUGAUAAGGCGGCUGAAAUGGUGGCGAAUGUUUUCCUGCGGGGCCUCGCGUUGAUCUAUUGCCAAAAGAAGAGGGAGAUCGGUAAAUUAGGGAAAUAUGGAGCAGCAUUCACCGCAAGCCUCACACUAUUCUCAGCAAAGAAUCCGAUCGAAACCAAAGCGUUUAUGGCCCUCCCGAUAACCCCCCUGGACAAAUUGAGCCGCAAUCCUGACGAUAUGAAAACGCGAAUGGAGCUGAUGAUUAUGAAGGUGCAGAGUGAUUUUUGCAAAGCGCUGGAAAAAGAGGACGCGGUCAAAUUCAAAGUGGACAGAUGGGAGCGACAGGAAGGCGGCGGAGGAGUGACUUGCGUCCUGCAAAACGGCAGUGUUUUCGAAAAGGCCGGAGUCAAUGUUUCGGUGGUUUAUGGAGAGUUGCCGCCGGCUGCCGCUGCCCAGAUGCGAUCAAGAGGCAAAAAGCUGAAGGAGGGAAAGUUGCCGUUUUUUGCGGCUGGACUCAGCGCGGUGAUCCACCCAGUAAACCCCAUGAUUCCCACUGUCCAUUUCAAUUAUAGGUAUUUUGAGGUGCAGAGUGAGGAGGAGAGGCAUUGGUGGUUUGGAGGCGGCACCGACCUCACUCCCUACUACUUAAACAGCGCGGAUUGCAUCCAUUUCCAUUCCACCUUAAAGGAGGCCUGCGACAAACAUGACAAAAGCUACUACCCCAAGUUUAAAAAGUGGUGCGAUGACUAUUUCCAUAUUGUGCAUAGAGGAGAGCGACGGGGGAUUGGAGGCAUUUUUUUCGACGACCUGGACACUCCGAAUAGUGAAGACUGUUUCCAGUUUGUCUCUGAGUGCGCCAACGCAGUUAUUCCUUCGUAUAUUCCACUGGUUAAAAGGCACAAGCUUGCCAGCUACACUAAAGUGGAAAGGGAGUGGCAGCUACUAAGACGAGGCAGAUAUGUAGAAUUCAACCUGAUUUACGACAGAGGCACCAAGUUUGGCCUCUACACUCCAGGAGCUCGGUAUGAGAGUAUUCUCAUGUCCUUGCCAUUAUACGCGAAAUGGGAAUACAUGCAACGAUCAGCUAAGGAUUCACCGGAAGAAACUCUACUGGAAGUGCUAAGAAAUCCAAAGGAUUGGGUGGAUGUAUCGGGCAGUAAGCCGGAGGAGCUGCAACAGGGUCAAAAUUGAACAGAUCCCGAAGUUUAUGGUCUAUCAGUCCCAUAGUUUUACAAACACGCGACAUUAACAAUUAAAAUGUUAAGGGCAUACUGGCCUAGAUAUUUGCCCUGGAAAUGAGAAAGAGUCGAUUGCGUGCACCCUGCAGAUGGCUUUGUAGCGAUCGCCUCCAUCCCCAGAGUUGUAGUUUCGGCCAUACGAUCUAUAGAAUCGAAAAUUAAACUGCUGCAAGCGUGAACAGUUGCGCUCGCUUACCGGGGUCUGCUGUAUCCAUUUCCGUAAGUAUAGUCAUUUCCGCCGAAUAGUUUAUCCCAAAAUGGACUGGCAACGGCCUGAAUAUCCGCCACACAAACAAUCAGCACUACCACUAAAACUGCACUGGUGAUUAGCUUCAUUUUAAGAAUUUUAAUCGGGCAAAGGACUACACUCAUCAAGGAGGUCUCCUUGCGAAGUGCCCCUCUGCCAUCGCGCUCACCAGUUUUAUACAGUUGCACAAAGAUAAAUAGGGAUUUUGUUGUUGUAUUCGGUUUUCGGUUAUCUCUUUUAAAUUCUUAGGGUUAAGGCAAUGUGAAGGUCGAAAUUGAGGACGUGUUUUGUAUGCCAAUGAAACAUUUACGUAGAUAAUUUCACAAAAACAAACAUUUAUUUAAAUCGACUGAGAGAUUUCGAUUCAAUAUUUUCUAGGCAUCGUGCAAAUCCCCUACAAAGAUGAUUCACAUGAAUCGCCAAUGUAAAUCAUGUAAAAAGCCAUUGUGCUGCAGCCUUGAUAGGCUGAAGAAGCGGAAAUAAUUUCGAAAGUCGUCAUAUGAAUGCUAAAGUGCUGGCAAAUAUCGAUAUGCAAAGGCCACAACAGAUAAUUAGAAUGGUUUUGUUUAUGUUUGGUUUGAAGAAAACUCCAGCUUAGUAAA